GCACGGCCACUCCAUCCUGCAUCUUCAAUAUAAGGCGCAGUCAGUGGAGGCGGCACAGCACCGGGCAAGAGUUGGAGGCAAGCCGCUUGACGGGAACGACGGCUGCGACUUUGAAAAGCGUGCGUGUGGUGAAGGUGCCACGCAUAGCAUAGGGUGCUGCAAGCGUAGCAGCGGGCGAGGUCAUUGAAUGGAUUGCAGUGAAUCCCUUGCUAUAGAUCUGCUGCUUGCUGGCUUUGUGCGCGCUUUUCCUCCAUGACCUUGAACGCGCGCUCCCCGCACAAUCACCCAGAUACCCGAGCAUCCCCUCCGCACCAUUACACCAUCACACAGCGACCCUCUCAUCAAGCCCUCGACUUUGGAUCCCCAUCUUCACGCGCAGCAGACAGACGUGGUAGCGCUAGCAGCAGCGGCGACGGCAGUGGCAGCGGAUCACCAUCCCAAGACUCCAACUCUAAAGUCACGACUCGAGGAGGAGAAGAGUACGAGCUGAAAAGAGCGUACGAAAGCGGCCCUACUCUGCCCUUCCACUUGAGCAACACCGCAAUGUCUUCGCAGGAUCGCACCAGAUUCGCCGUGCAGGGCGGCUUCGACCCUUACGCAUCCGUCGAGAGGCUUCCAGCUGGCUACUUGCAGGCUGGCGAGGACAAGGUCAGGGAGAAGGGUGCGGGUUCGGGCAUCGCUGCAUACGCUAGGGCAGGACUGGAUCCAGUCUCUGCACCCACCUCGUAUGCUCCCAGCACAAAGGCGCGCUACGCUAGCUUGAUUCCCGAAAAGAGACCACCCAAGAGUCCACUCGAACACGUGUCUUCUCUGGCUCAGUCAGAGACGGCGAUGCUGCUUUUCUACACCUUUCUGGCCCUCUUGACGCGCCUAUGGGGUAUCGGCAAGGGCCCGCAGGUGAUUUGGGACGAAGCCCACUUCGGCAAAUUCGGCUCGCAUUAUCUCAAGCGUGAAUUCUACUUCGAUGUACACCCGCCUCUGGGUAAGAUGCUCGUUGGCUUGGCCGGCCUACUGAGCGGCUACAAUGGGCAUUUCGAAUUCAAGAGUGGAGAGGCGUACCCGGCCAAUGUCAACUACGUUGGCAUGCGAGUCUUUUUGGCCUUGUUUGGCGUCGCCAUGGUCCCCUUUGCUUGGGCCACCAGUGGCGGUUUGGGCUGGAACUGGCGAGCCAGGCAUGCCCUCACAAUCAUGGUGCUUUUGGAUAACGGCUGGCUUGUCAUUUCGCGCUUCAUCCUACUCGACUCUAUGUUGCUAUGCUUCACCUUUUCGACGGUGCAUGGAUUGAUCAUGUUCCACGGCCAUCAGCAUCGCCCAUUUUCGCAGAAGUGGUGGUUCUGGCUAGCAUACACGGGAGUCUCAAUUGGGUGCGUGAUGAGUGUCAAAUGGGUAGGACUUUUUGCCAUGGCAUUGGUCGGGCUUUACACCAUCGAAGAUCUGUGGGACAAGUUUGGGGACCUCAAGAUGCCCGUUCGGGCCUAUGCCAGGCACUGGUGUGCCAGAAUCCUCUGCUUGAUCGUCGUUCCUCUGCUCGUCUACAUGGCUUCUUUCAAGAUGCACUUCCUCAUCCUCAACCACUCAGGCCCUGGAGAUGCUCAAAUGUCCAGCUUGUUCCAAGCUCACCUGAAGGGCAAUGACUUCGCCACUUCGCCUCUUGAGGUCGCGUACGGCAGCAAGGUCACUUUCAAGAAUAUGGGGUAUGGUGGCGGCCUACUUCACUCGCACGUUCAGACCUAUCCCGUCGGAUCACAGCAGCAGCAGGUCACCUGCUACCAUUAUAAGGACAACAACAACGACUUCAUCGUCACACCGACGUGGGACGAGCCAAGGCUACCAGUCGGAGGUGGGAGCGACGACCCUCCUCGCAUGUUCAAGAACGGCGACACAUUCCGCUUCGUACACGAGGCCACUGGGCGCAAUCUCCACAGUCAUGCCAUUGCCGCUCCGAUCACAAAGGAGAACUACGAAAUCUCUGGCUACGGCAAUGCUACCGUUGGAGACUGGAACGACCACUGGAUUGUCGAGGUGGUGGACGACCUGGCCACCGGCAAGAAGGUUCAGAGUGGUGAGGUGGUGCGCAGUUUGACGACUCGGAUGAGGUUCCGUCACAAGAAUUUGGGCUGCUACAUGAGAGCCGGUAGCGCGGUCUUGCCCCAGUGGGGAUGGAAGCAGAUCGAAGUUAGCUGCGAUAAGGAGAACAAUCCAAAGGACGAGCAUACGUACUGGAACGUUGAGUCCCACCACAAUGACAAGCUGCCCGCGGGCAGCGCCAGGUUGUACAAGUCCAGAUUCCUGGACGAUUGGCUGCACCUCAACGCCGCCAUGUGGCAGUCGAACAAUGCGCUCAUUCCGGAUGCCGACAAAUUCGACAUUCUCAGCUCCAGUCCCUUUGACUGGCUGUAUCAAUACAACGGGCUCAGGAUGAACAGUUGGGCGCCUGAGUCGCGCAAGUACUACCUUCUUGGAAACCCAAUCAUCUGGUGGGGGAGCACCACCUCUCUCGCUAUAUUUGCACUCGUUUUCACCUACUACCUGGGUCGAAUGCAAAGAAGGCACGCAGAUCUCUCUGCUGCGGACUGGAACCAAUUUCUCUUUGUCGGAAAGAUUGCAGGACUCGGAUGGGUGCUCCAUUUCAUGCCUAGCGCGAUCAUGUCCAGAGUUCUAUACCUGCAUCACUACUUGCCUACUCUCUACUUUGCAACCAUCAUGCUUGCGCACCUCCUGGACCAUUUCCUGUGGAAUCCGUCCACGGCUCGGUACAAGGGUAAAGGUGGCGUACGAGCACCGCUCAGCGAAGCCCGAAAGAAUACCGCCUUUGCGGGCUUCGUUGGUCUCAUCUUCGUGGUCUUCUUGAUCUUCAAAGAUACUGCGUAUGGAAGAGAGGGCAAAGCAGAGAACUGGCCAUUGGUCAAAUGGAGGAAGUCAUGGAACAUCCACGAUUGAUGUGCUGUGUCAAGCAAUGCGGCAUAGU